CUGUGCGAUUUUUGGAAAUGAACAAAUGACCAUGCCACCAUUCAGAUGUCAAAAUUCACCCAUCUGUCGAUGACGUUUGGCAGUCUGCGUGAAAUAGCGGCCUUUAGUGAUCACAUGCUCUGAGGUACUGAAAACUUAAGAUGAUUGAUAAAGAACUAAGAUUACAGGUUGAGCAGGAGUGCCAAAAAAUUGGAUGCUGCAUCCAUUGCAGCAGGCGAUUCACAGGAGACAGAGUUUUGGACAACUAUGUGGCAAAGUCCACAGACAGUGCUGCUGAUGAAGAACCUUCAGCAAAGAAACCAAAACUGGACCUUUGUGUGUUCUGUUUUGGGGUACUGUCUUCAUCCUGUGUUGAAUACUUAUCAUCAAAGGCGGUGUCGAGCCUGGAGGCGGCGUCCUACGACGAGCCAGUGUUCACCACCACGCUCUCCAUGCCAGUCUGCACGCUGGUGCGCGAUAAAAGCCUCUACCUGCACCUGAAGCGCAGCGUGCCCGGCUACGGCGAGAAGGUGCGCUUCACCCACCUGCUGCCGCUGAAGGACAUCUGGAAACAGCUGAUCAACGGCCGCAUCGCGAGCGGCGCGGGCAAGGCGGCCGACAACGGCUACUUCGCCGAGCUCAUGGUCAACGUGGAGAUGGCGUACCGCGGCGACCGCCGGGAGGUCGAGGUCAUUUCGAAACUCCGGCCGGGCGGCCGAGACCUGGUGACCCGGACGAUGGCAGACAGCGCACUCGAGGCGUCGCCGGAGGCCAAGCUGCUGCACUGCCUCACCGUGCCGCCCGGGCCGCCGGUGGCGCCGCCUACCUACCAGCUCACCUGCUGCCGCAACGCCAUCUUCGUGGCAGGUCGGUACAACAAGUACAGUCGUAACAUGAGCCAGACGCCGUGGCACGUGGACGGGGCGCGUCGCACAGAGUCCUCACUGCAGGAGGUCAUCACCGACCCGCUGGUUAGCCUCACCAAAGCCUCAGGCGUGCGCUUCUCAGCGUCGGGCCGGGAGGACGUGGACGUGCGCACGCUGGGCCGCGGCCGGCCGUUCGUGGCCGAGCUGGCCGACCCGCACGUGGCGCAGCUGUCGGCCGAGCAGCUGCGGCAGCUGCAGCGGACCGUCAACGCCGUGCACCCCGAGGUCCGGGUGCGGGACCUGCAGCUGGUGACCAGGGAGCAGACAGCUAAUCUGAAGGAGGGCGAGGAGGACAAGACCAAGUCGUACACGGCGCUGGUGCAGAGCCUGUCGGGCCCGCUGGCGCCCGAACGACUGGCGCCGCUGGCCGCCGCCCGCGACCUAGUCAUCAGCCAGCAGACGCCCGUGCGCGUGCUCCACCGGCGACCCAUGGCUACGCGCCAGAAGACCGUGCUCUGGAUGAGGCCAGAGCCCGUCACCGAUACUCUCUUCAAGCUGCACCUGCAGACACAGGCGGGCACCUACAUCAAGGAGUUCGUGCACGGCGACUUCGGCCGCACCGAGCCGAACGUGGGCACGCUGCUCGGCGGCAAGUUCGACAUCCUGGCGCUAGAUGUCGAGUCGAUCGAACUAGAUUGGCCGCCGGCGCUGGACGACGAGGACGGGGAUACAGCCGAACCUUGCGCUACAGUCGAGCCCGGUGCGCAGGCGUGACGACCGCCGGUGCUGCCUGCGGGAGGGAAGGUGCUGGGUCCAGGCUCCGCCGGCGGGGCUGGCUGGCCGUGGUGUAGACUCUGUCUCCCCGCUGUACGGGCGUGUUGCGUUUUGACGUGGCUGUGUCAGACGAUGUGUUUGUGCGUGGAGGUGAAGGACCAUACGUCCGCGGUUUUGCGCGUCUGGACUGCGCGUCGCCAGAGGCAGAAUAAAACGGUCGGUGCGGUGGCUUGGCUAGACACGUUCACUUCGGAGUAGAGGCUUUUGGAAGCAAAGGGAUCGUGAAGUCUGACAUGUUGACGGUCUUGGAGGGAAGGUAGCUAUCGCUACCUCAAGAUUGCCACCUGGCUUGCUGUUUAUGGAUCCGUCCUUUAUUUCCAGUUAAGUCUGCUGUCCAAACAAACGUUACGGAGCGAGGCCCCGGAUCCUGUUGCGAGAGCGUAGCCUUCUCUCGCAUUCCCCGACCGCCCCACGAAUUCCAAAGUUCCGCGAAUUGAACUGACCAACGAAUUCGCUCGGGCGUUCUGGUCGUGCUCGUCCAAGCGAAAAUUGCCACUGGCUGUUUCUCUCCUCCGUCAUCCGACGGUAAUCAUGUGCUUCAUGUUUCACCCAGCUAUUCCGGACGCUCAUUCAGCGGCUGCUUGUGGGUGCGAACGGUUAUGUGGACGGUUGUUCUGAACGACACUCUGUGGAUUUCGGCUUUGGCUUGCUGUGCAAUGAAGCCUUGUGGCCGUAUGCUAAUGAGGUGCAUUUUUGACAAGCGAAUACAAGACUGAUCAGACAGGAGUAGAUGUUGCUGGUUUGUGACUCGUCCAGACGCACGGCGUGUAUGCAGUGCUUUAUGUUUGGGGGUAGAAAAAUGUUUCCUGCAUAUCAUCAGCCACCAGAAACUCCGGUCUGCCUGAUGUUCUUUUUUUGGCUCCUCGAAAUGCCCUGCGCUGUUUGGCUUCCUUACCUGCUUUAUUGCAUUGGUGCUAAUUCACGAAUAAUUUGGGCUUUGGUAUUCAUGACCCGAAAAGCAUCUGCUUUGUGAGAAAUUCAAACGCGGUUUCCAUGGUAAUAGGGCACGUUUCAG